UCACACCACCCUCAUAUUAUUUAGGCUGCAAAACACACACUUGUCAUUCUUUGCAUUGUGUUCAUGUCGCGUAAACACACAAACAAAAACAAAUAAAAAAACGGAAUUCGGGAUAAGUGUCUGUCUAAAGGUCAGGACGUUAAUCAGAGUGAAGUAACGGCAGGUUACCGGUGCCAAACAUAGUUCUGAAAUUUCAUCUAAAAGUCAACAGUCUUUUAAAGAAGGAAAAACAGCAGAGCGGCCGUUCAUGUGCAGCAGAUCUUCACAGUUAUUGUUUUUUGAAAUUAGCAGCGCGGUGUUCAGACCGUGAACGUCUCUGUGGCAUUAUUGGAUAAGGUCUUAUUAAAACUUUAUCUUUAUGCCAAAUAUUUAUUACACUAUACACAUAUGUGUGUGUGUUAUGGGGUAAAAUAAAGAAGAUACGUGUUAAAAACAAAACAAAAACAGAGAAUAGCUUUUGGAUGCGCUUUUAUUCCAUUACGGCGCAGACGCUUCUCACUCAUGGCCCAUCAUAACAUGCAGAGGAGAAUCUGAUGGAAUUAUUCCCGCAGCAACACCGUCCUCGCAGAGAUUGCACUCUCAGCGUGUCACUUGUUGUAUUGUUUAGGAGCCCACUUGCUUUUUUGCCGCAAUGCUCGUUAACCUCCGAAUGACCCCGUGCGGAGCCCACGCCUCACAAAGCCGCCGCAGACGCGCAGUACCGCCUUUGCGCCAGAGGAUGGCGCACGGCGACAAUCCAAAACAGCGAAGCCACGGCUGAGAGGCGUCCCUAGCCGGGAGCGCCUGUGAGCGCGCGCCCGUUUCAUCCCACCCAGUAUUUCCUGCGUGCACGAGUUUACCUCUGGAGGUCACACAGGAGGAUUUACGACUGGUCAACAAAAGCACGUGAUUCCUCGCCGUACCCCAUAUUUGGGUGCCUACGUAAGAGAGAAUCAAGUCCAUGUCCCACUCAUUUCCAUAAUUCAUCAUAAAUUGUGCUUGGGUGCUAUAGGACGCGCUAAGGCAAAAGAGCCACAAAUCAAGCGCACAGGUUUAUGCCGUUUUACCUCCCAAAAUCAUAACGAACUCCGGCGACAUCUACGGCGGGCGAUCGGUGGAAUUGUCAACAAAUGAGCUCCUAUUUUGUGAACUCAUUCUGCGGUCGCUAUCCCAAUGGCGCGGACUUCCAGUUACAUAAUUAUGGAGACCAUAGUUCGGCAAACGAGCAAUACAGAGACUCCACGGCCAUGCACUCCAGCAGGUACGCGUAUGGCUACAACGGGAUGGACCUAACAGUCGGACGCGCCGGUGCCGGACACUUUGGAGGCGGCGAGCGCACGCAGGGAUACUCUCCGAGUCACUCAGCGGCCACCACUGCCUCGGUGGAGCCGGGCAGGUACACUCAGCCCGCCAGCAGCAGCGGGACCACGUCUCUGUCGCCGCCACCUGACCCUCUGCCGUGCGCCUCGGUGGCCAGCUCGUCCCCGGUCCCGGAGACUCACUCCCAGCAGCAGAGAGCCAUGAAAAACUCCAUCACGACGUCCUGUUCCGGCGCCAACGCUGCCACGCUGCUCCUCGGACAGGACUGCGUGUCCAAAGGUUCCCCUCUGGAGGACGAGAAAGCCACGGGAAGCGCACCGACAACUCCUCAAAAUGUCAACGACUCGUCACAGCCGCAAAUAUAUCCGUGGAUGAGGAAAAUACACAUAAGUCACGAGUUAUCUGGACCAGAGGGGAAAAGAGCCAGGACUGCCUACACCCGGUACCAGACCCUGGAGCUGGAGAAGGAGUUCCACUUCAACCGCUACCUGACCCGCAGGCGGCGAAUCGAGAUCGCUCACGCCCUGUGCCUCUCAGAGAGACAGAUCAAAAUCUGGUUCCAGAACCGCAGGAUGAAGUGGAAGAAGGACAACAAACUGAAGAGCAUGAGCAUGGCGGCGGCAGGAGGAGGAGGAGGAGGAGGAGGCUACAGGCCCUGAUCCCUCCAACUCCUGCAGCCCUGACGAGGAGCACUUAUAUGAGAAUAAUAAUAAAUAAAAACAAAGAUUGUCAUAUCGACUCCUGAAAGAGCGCAGAGACUUAUUCCCGGACAGUGUGCGGAACAGGGGACACCCCACACGGUCCACAUAUGUCCAACAGCAGUCCCCUUAUAUUCCCUUAUAUAUGGUAAUUUUUUUAUUUUGUCUUUCCUUUUUAUUUCCAACGUGGUUAUGCUUAUGUGAGUAAAUAAAAAAAUCGUAUUCUGUACAGUUCUGUCUAGAUUUAGAAGGGAUAAAAAAUAUCAAUAAAUGUUUGUUUAAAUUAUUUCUUGUCCAGAAGAAGAAGAAGAAAAAAAAUACAACAACUUGAGAUGCUACCUACAUACAUGAAUAAAUCCAGUCAAAGUUGCGUGAUGCGCUCAGACCAUGAAACCAGAAGGAGUGGGAGUGGGACGAGUUUCAGCUGCUUUUGUCUUUAGCCUUGGAUUUCUCUGUCUGUACUGUAUAAUGUAUGUAUUUAUUUGUUGGAUGUGCUGAGGAGAUCGUUUUGCGUCACGUCACUUGCUCAGCAGUCAGCCCUUUUGUGCGCUCAUUGUGUUGCGUUGUGAACACAUGUAAGGACACACGUGCGGCCGACACUGGUCAGUCUUGUAAAUGUACAGUAGACGUGCCUUGUAUAUUAGUUUUUGUCGUUCAUUUGGGUUUUUUUUGCAGGAGCUGCUGAUUUCGUUGUUCAUCCCGAGCGCAACAUAUUAGAAUAAUAAUAAUAAUAA